AUGUUACUCUCCAAGGAUAAUGCCUUGCAUUUCACCUACGACUCGGAACAUGUCCAGAUCGAAACUUGGGGCCCCAACGCCCUCCGAGUUCGUGCUACAAGGUUCCAUACGCUGCCAUCUGAAAAUUGGGCCUUGACCGAGGUACCUCCUGCUAUUGUCCCGUCAAUUUCCAUCCGUGAUGACCAUGCCUCAAUUAGUAACGGCAACAUCUCUGCAACGAUCUCGUCACGUGGCAAGAUCAUUAUCAAGAACUCCAAAGGCGAACGGCUCUUGGAAGAGUACACCCGCAACCGCUCCGAUGUCGAGGAUCCAAAAUGUAGCGCCUUGAUGAUCGACGCCAGGGAAUUUAAGCCUCUACUUGGCGGUGACUACCAUUUGACUUAUCGACUGGAAUCCAUCGACCCGAAAGAAAAGAUUUACGGUAUGGGUCAAUAUCAACAACCUUUCCUAGACCUCAAGGGGCUUGAUCUGGAAAUGGCCCAGCGGAACUCCCAAGCCAGUGUACCUUUCAUGCUUUCAAAUCUCGGGUAUGGCAUGCUCUGGAACAAUCCAGCGGUGGGACGUGCAGUUUUGGCCAAGAACACUAUGAGUUUCGAAGCCUUCUCCACCAAGGUUCUUGAUUACUGGAUUGUGGCUUCAGACAUGCCAUCCCAGAUUGUCGAAGCAUAUGCCGACGUCACUGGGAAAGUUCCGAUGAUGCCUGAGUACGGGCUCGGUUUCUGGCAGUGCAAACUGCGGUACCAAACCCAAGAAGAACUAUUGGAUGUUGCACGAGAAUAUCGGAAGAGGAACUUGCCGCUCGAUGUCAUCGUAGUGGACUUUUUUCAUUGGCCAAAGCAAGGAGAAUGGAAAUUCGACCCCACAUACUGGAAAGACCCCGACACCAUGAUCAAAGAGCUUCGGUCAAUGAAUAUCGAACUUCUCGUCUCGAUCUGGCCAACCGUUGACAAACAAGCCGAAAACUACGAUUAUAUGGUGGAGCAUGGACUAUUGAUUCGGCAGGACCGAGGGCCCCGUAUCUCUAUGGAUUUCCAGGGCGAGACCGUUCACGCAGAUUUCACAAACCCUGCAACAAGAGAAUUUGUAUGGAAAACGGUGAAGAAGAACUACUACGACAAAGGUGUGAAACUGUUCUGGCUUGAUGAGGCGGAGCCGGAAUAUAACGCUUAUGACUUUGACAUCUACCGUUACCGUAGCGGCAGCGUGUUGAGUUCAGGCAAUGCCUAUCCAGUGGAUUAUGCCAGAGCAUUCUACGAGGGAAUGGUGGAUAAUGGGGAGCAGAAGGAUGUGUGUAACCUCAUUCGUUGUGCGUGGGCCGGAAGUCAGAAGUUUGGAACUCUCUUGUGGAGUGGUGAUAUCGCAAGCAGUUGGGAGAGCUUCCGAGAUCAAUUUGCUGCUGGAUUGAAUGUGGGCAUUGCUGGUAUUCCUUGGUGGACAACCGAUAUUGGUGGCUUCCACGGAGGGAACCCGAAGCAUCCCGAGUUCCGCGAGCUCUGUACAAGAUGGUUCCAAUACGGUUGUUUCUGCCCAGUCUUCCGUCUCCACGGUGAUCGCGAACCCAAGCAACCCCAGCAUGGAACCACUGGCGGAGCGACAUGCGUCUCCGGCGCGCCCAACGAGAUCUGGUGCUAUGGAGAAGAAUGCUAUGAAAUUAUGAAAAAGUACCUGUUUCUCCGCGAGAGACUGCGCCCUUACGUCCGCGAACUCAUGACUCAGGCGCACAAACAAGGCACUCCAGUUAUCAGGACGCUGUUUUGGGAGUUCCCUUUGGACGAAAAAUGUUGGGAAAUCGAAAAUCAGUAUCUGUUCGGCAACAAAUAUUUGGUCGCUCCCGUCAUGUACAAGGGCAUGGUGAAGAGAGAAGUGUACUUGCCCAAAGGCGCAGUGUGGAGGAGAUUCGAUGACGGAAAAGUCAAGGAUGCUGAGGCGUUUGAAGGCGGGAAGACGGUGGAGGUUGAUUGUCCAUUGGCUGUCAUGCCCGUCUUUGAGAGGGUGUGA